CACUUCUCCUGCGAGAUUCUGCCCUUGGCUCAAUCUCAACCUCCACACAACCAUCACAACCCGACGACUAAUAGGCCUUGUGGAUUAAUAUCAGCCCUUUCUUGACGAACGCACGAGCCUCAUGUUCCCUGGUCUACGUUCACACCACUCUUUGAUCCCUUGAUAUUGGAAAUCUAGAACGCAGGGAAGGUUGUGUUGCAUCGUCACCAUCAUGGCAUCUGCAGAAGAGAAGCCACCAGUCUUCAAUUACAUCCUCAGCUUCGUUCUUGUCGGCCUCGCGUGGGGCUUCACAACCCCUUUCAUCCGUCGUGCCGCUCAAUCACAUAAUCCACCGACGCAUCCAGUGCUCGAGAGCCCAUCAGUUCAAUCUAGCUGGCUGAAGUCAAAGUUAUACGGAGCUUUCUUUGCGGUCAUUGACCUUUUGAAGAAUCCUCGUUACGCAAUCCCGUUGGUUCUCAAUCUUACGGGAAGUAUCUGGUUCUUCUUGCUUAUUGGACAGGCUGAAUUGAGCUUGACUGUGCCUAUCGUAAACACACUGGCGUUCCUCUUUACCGUUCUGGGUGAUUGGUACGUUGAUGGUAAAGUGAUCAGUAAAGAUACUGCGGUUGGGAUGGCUCUUAUGUUGGUUGGAAUUGGCUUGUGUGUUCAGAGCAAGCGUUGAUAGACUAGAUUAUAUGUAAUUGAACGUCAAUAAUUUUGUAUUCAACAAAUACCUUGUUCGGAUUGGUUACCAAACAAUGGAAGCAACAUGCAUGGGAGACUCCACUUCUG